AUGGAGGCCGAGCAGCAACUGAGGAUCUUAGUGUCCCAAGUUAGUAGAUUUGGUGUAGACGGUGGUGUAGACGGGAUAUUUACCAAAGAGCUGAAGGACGCAGCAGCGGAUCUUAAGAAAAAUGAGGAGAUAACAAUACGUCAGGCAGAUAAAACAGCCGCCUUUGUACUUAUCAAGACUGAGGAAUAUUUCGAGAAGCUAGACGAUAUCUUAGCAGAUACCUCUAAAUUCGAGAGAUUGACGAGAAACCACACCGAAGACAUCAAACGGGAUGCUAACUGCAUCAUCACUGCAGUAAACGCCGCAACGAAUGCAUGCCACCUCCCGCCCAUCCAAGGAGAUUACAGCUUGGGGUAUCUUUACGGAAACGUGAAAACGCACAAGACAGGUAACCCCUUACGCCCCAUCAUCAGCCAGACACCUGCACCGACCUACGAUUUGGCAAAACGCCUUAACAAAAUCCUGACACCGUAUACCCCUUCCAAAUUUUUCCUUACUUCUUCGACGGAGUUCCUGGAGAAAAUCCGGGAUUCCCCUGGCGACGGCACUAUGGCAUCCCUCGACGUGGAGUCCCUGUUCACCAACUUCCCCGUCGAUGAAACAAUAGGCAUCAUUUUGGAAAAGGUCUACAGGAACCCUGACAAGCAACCUCCGAACAUCCCGGAAGAAUCGCUCAAGACACUCCUAGACAUCUGUACGAAGAGAGCCUCUUUCACCACCCACGAGGACAGAUGUUUCGUCAGAAAGGCGGCGUGGCAAUGGGGUCCCCCUUGGGCGUCCUCUUUGCCAACUUUUACAUGGGUACCGUUGAAGAGCGGGUUUUUUCGCAGCACCGAUGUCCCCGGACGUAUGCCAGAUACAUCGAUGACAUAUUUGUUCAAGCUGACUCCGAGGAAGAGGUUGAAGCCCUUCGCCAGCAGUUCCUGCGCAACAGCGCCCUUAAUUUCACAAUUGAAUUUAGCAGCGAAGAUCGGCUCCCCUUCCUCGACGUCCUAA